UUCAUACAUACAACUCGUACAGUACACACAGUGUUAUUAAAAGUUAGUUACUUACUUACUUUAAUAUUGCGAAAAUGGCCGAUACAGCAGUCGCAUCCGAGGCUCCCGCACCGACGACGCCCGCGAAGAAGCCGAAGGCGUCCGCCGCCGGCGCCGGUGCUAAGAAGCCGAAGGCGAAGCCGACCCACCCGAAGACAUCUGAAAUGGUAAACAACGCCAUUAAAGAGUUGAAAGAACGAAGCGGGUCCAGCCUGCAGGCGAUCAAGAAAUACAUCGCCGCCCAGUACAAGGUCGACGCUGAGAAAUUGGCUCCGUUCAUCAGGAAAUAUCUGAAGAGCGCCGUCGAAUCCGGCGCCCUGAUCCAGACCAAGGGCAAAGGUGCGUCCGGUUCGUUCAAGUUGGAAUCAAAGUCCUCCUCCGGCAAGAAGCCGGCGUCCAGCAAGGCUGCGGGCGCCAAGCCCGCCGCUAAACCGAAGAAGGCAGCCGCCGCGGCCGCCUCGCCCAAGAAGGCCAAGAAACCGGCCGCUUCCUCGCCGGCCAAGGCUAAAUCGUCCGCCGCCGCCGCCGCCACCAAGGACAAGAAGGCGGCCGCCGCCAAGAAGAAGCCCGCCGCGGCCAAGAGGGCCGCCGCUCCCGCAAAGGCGAAGAGCGCCGCCGCACCGAAAGCAAAGAAGACCGCCAAGCCGCCCACGAAGAAACCGAAGGCGCCGAAACCCAAGAAGGCCGCCGCUACGCCUAAAUCUAAGGCCGCCGCAGCGAAGAAAGCGUCCAAGAAGUAAACGCGCCGCCAUCGCCGCAGCCGCCGCCGCACCAGCAGCAGCAGCAGCAAACAGCCGCGCGCGCGCUUUUAAAGCAACGCGCAACAAAAAGCCCUUUUCAGGGCUAACAAA